AUGGAAGGACAAAAUUUGGAUAUCUCGGAUGGGACUAAGAUCCAAAGUGAGCCUUCAAAAGAAGACCUGACCAGUGAGAAUUCUCCAGUUGAAGCUUUGGAUACAAAAGAAAGCAUGGAUUUAUCAGAUAAAAAUACUGAGGAAAUGCAUAUAGAGAUGGAAGAAUCAAAAGAUAGUGGAGAAGAAAAAGUGUUCAUAGGGAGUGAAAUUAUUACUCAAAAAGAUAUAUCAGAAGUUAUUCAUGGAGAGACAGAAAUUGAGACUGAACAAACCAAACUAAUUGAUGCAACAGUAGAUAAAAGGGAAAAAAUUGAUGAAAUAGAUGAAGAUUUCCAUAAAACUAGUCAAGAAACAGAAGAAAAUUUUUCAGGCAAAGAAGAUAAAGAAAAUAAUCAAAUACCGAAUAAUGAAGAGAAAAAAUCCGAAAGCGAGAAUCUAGAAAAAGCUGAAGAAAUAAUAAUAUCCUCAGAAAAUUCUAUUCAGCAAAAAAUGGAAGCUGAAGUUCAAUCUGAAACUCAAAUACAAAUUAUAUCUAAAGAAGAAUUUAUCAUUGAAAAAAAAUCUCCUAUUGAUCUGCUAGAAAUUUCCAAAGAAGAGGAAAAAAUCAUUGAAAUUGAAAAAAGGCUUCAAACCCUUCUAUUUUCAGCUGAAAUUCUGUCAGAACAAAAAUUUUCAGUUAGCUCUCAGUGCAUUAUAGAGCCAUUAUUUUACAAUAGUGUUUUGCUUGAGCCGUUAAAAUGUGCUCAAUACUGUAGAAUUGAACCGUUAUUCUAUGAUAUAAUAGAGAAAACUUCAAUUUUUGCUGAGACAAAAUUAAUUACUGAGCCGCUAUUUUAUGAAAAAGUUGCAGAUGAUACAAUAGAGGCUCUAAAAUUUCCAAAAAUUCCAUUAUUGGAAUAUGAAGUAAUUAGAGAAGACAUCUUCAGUCCUAAAUCAAAGCAAAUAAUUCAGCCAUUAUCUAUAGAAAAGUCUAAAGAAACUUGCUAUGACUGCAAAUUAAAAGAAAAAUCCCAUCCUUUAUUUAUUGAAAAAAGCAUUGAAUAUGAAAAUCAUGUUAAGCCCAAAAAAAGAAUUUCGCCUUUAUUAUAUGAAAAAAAUUGAGAAAAUAUAUCCCGAUCUGCUUUUCCAUGUAAAUUAUAGAAAAAUUCUAUGAUAAAUAGGUAAUCAUAUUAUAAAGUAUAGUUGAAAUAAAACCAAAAAUCAGAAAUCAGCCAUUAUUUUAUGAAAAAAUCGAAGAAAUUGCAAUAAAAUUGGAAGAUAAAACAGUAGCAUCACCUUUCUUUUUAGAAAAAAGUAAAGAGUUUGCGAUUGAAAUUAAUAGGAAAAGAAAUAUCCAGCCACUAUUUUAUGAAAAACACAACGAGUGUUCAAUUAAAAUAGAACUAAAAAAGAAUAUUGAGCCAGUCUUAAUAGAAAAUCCAGAGAUUAAUAAUGCUGAACAAGGCAUUUCAGAGGAAAUAAAACCAGAAGAAUGCCCAUUUUCUGCUGAAAAUGCUAUAAUUGAAAGAGAAGCAAACCAUGCUCAGAUAGCCAUUGAACCCGAUAUACUAUUAUUUAUUAUUUACCUGCAUUCCAAAUAAAAGAAUUUUUUGGAUCUCCUAGAUUUUUCCAAAAAAAUGUGCAGAAAAUUAAAUAAUGUAAAUCUGUAUACAAGAACUCAAAAUAUAUUCCAAAUCAAUGAAACAAGCUUCCAAGAAGAAUCCCAAAAUUUCGAGCCGAAUAAAGAGCCCGAACCUACAAAAGAAUCAACGCCAAAAUACGAGAAACCUCCUGAGCCAGGAUUUUAUGACCUUGAUAUAUCUGGGGCAGGAAAUCCAAAGCAUUUAAAUGCCGUUUUUUCAAAUAUAUCAAAAAUACAAGAAAAGCAAUCUCAAGCUUCUUCGCAAACUCCAGUUCAAGUCUCUUCCAUAUCUCAAACUCAAAAUCCUCCAAUACACGAAAAUAUUUAUGAGGAAACUGAAACAGUUGAAGAGCUCGAGCCAGCUCCACAAGUCCAACACCAUAAACAGCAGAAAGUCAAGUCCAAAAAGCCGCCACCUAAAAUUGUUUUCACGGAUUCUGUAGGAGCUAAUAUUGAACCAGUCCAAAAACCGCAAGAGACAUCUCAACAAACCCCUAAACGUCAGCAUGAAGAAAAAAAAGAAAUUGUAAUCCCCCAGAGCCCUGAAGUCAUAACUGAUAUGAACAAAAUAAAGCCACAUCGUCCUAUCUCCCAAAAGCAGCCAAAACCAGAAAUCCGUUCCAAUGCCGGCUGUGGAAAAUGCAUAAUAAUCUAA